GGCCUCGAAGUGUAAACGAAGUCCCAGAAAGAUUACACACUCCUGACUCAGCUACAAUGUGUAAAUCGAUCACAAAUCAAUUCUGAAAGAGGAAGAAUGGAGGAAAAGGCUGCAGGCGUAAAGAGAAGGAAACGAUGGCAGCCAUCACGUUGACAACACGAGCAUGACGCGAGAUUCUGUGCACAGAUCAGGAAGUGAUUCUGAGAGCCUGUUUUCUUCUCCGCUUGAUUAUUAUGUGAGUGUGUCGGUGUGUGUGUGUGUUUAAGCUCGAGAGGCCACUCUCUGGAGUUCUAUAAUAAUGGCACCUUCAUCACAGAAACUCCACUAAUCACUUAUGGACUCCAUCUUAAAGCAGCAACAUGGGAUCCAGACUAAAGGAAAAUCCAGAAAGGACAUUUUACUGGUUCUUUCAAGCCUCGUGCCCCAUCGCCAGAGACAAAGAUCCUGGGCUGCUGUUUCAGUUCCCAGAGGACUUCAAUGAUGAGGAGUGUUUGAAAUCCCUUCCUCGAUUCUGCUUCCCAUAUGAUAUAGAGAGGGUGAGGGAUGGCGUAGCUGUACAGCACUUUACUUUUGCGUUGACUGACCUUGAGGGAUGCCAGCGAUUUGGGUUCUGCAGACUAACCUCCAGCUCCCAGACCUGCCUCUGCAUCCUCAGCUAUCUGCCUUGGUUCGAAGUCUUCUAUAAACUGUUAAAUAAUCUGGCGGACUAUGUGACCAAAGGACAGACGAGCGAGAUGAGAGAGCUCCUGGCAGCUCUUUAUAAACACCCCGUUCCACUGGUCAACAGCUUAAACACUCUGCCUCUGAUGCCAUACUUCAUCGCUCCCGAUCCAAAAACUUUACCAUCUAUUCCAGAGAAUAGGAACCUGACGGAGCUGAUCGUAGCUGUGGACGUGGGGAACCUGCUGCAGCUGUAUGCUAGCAUGCUUUUUGAGAGACGUAUCCUCAUUUGCUGCAGUAAACUCAGCACGCUCACAGCGUGUGUCCAUGCAUGCAGUGGCAUGAUCUUCCCCAUGUACUGGCAGCACAUCUUCAUUCCAGUCCUACCACCACACCUGCUGGACUACUGCUGCGCUCCAAUGCCGUACCUGAUUGGAGUUCAUUCCAGCCUGAUCGAGAGAGUGAAGAAUCGUGCCCUGGAAGAUGUGGUCAUUCUGAAUGUGGACACAAACACUAUGGAGUCUCCUCACGAUGACCUGAAGAGGCUCCCAACAGAUGUGGUGACAGCUCUGAAAGUGAGGCUGAAGCGCCAGGCUGCAUUUACAGGCUCCGGUGUAGCAAAAGCGUUCCUCCGAGCUCAGGCUCUGCUGUUUGGAGCAUACAAAGAUGCCUUACAAUACCCUAGUGGACAACCCGUGUCAUUCUGUGAAGAGUCGUUUCUCACACACAAGUCUCCCAACAUGAGGCAGUUCCUCGAGAGCGCAAUACACCUGCAGUUUUUCAAACAGUUUAUUGAUGAACGUCUAGAGAUGCUCAACCAAGGAAAAGAGCCAGAUGACCUGUUUGAAGAAGAAAUACUGCAGUGUGGCGCGUCGUCAGGUGGCUCUAAAUCAUACCAGCAAUGGAUGGGGAACCUGAAGAAAGGAGGAGGAUCACUCAUUCUGACGGUCAAGUCCAAGGCUCAGAUGUACAAAAAUGUCACAUGUCACAGCAAGCUGAAGAAUCUUAUUUCAUCCAAGGAGCAGAAACGUGCUCACGCACUGCAGCGAGGAGGGUCAGUGUGUGGCACACACUCGGACUGCUUCAACAAAUCAGACUGUCUCCAGAACAGAUUACCCAUCACACAGCAUUUUGGAAAGUCCAGACCUCGCAGGCCCCCACGCAGAGCGGCCGGCCAGCAGGGGGAGGAAAUGCAACAAGACAACAGUGGCAUCUGGGGGGAGGAGAGGUUUACUGUCCAAACGAGAUCACAUGGGAUUACCUUUCACAGCCAUGUAGAAUUGGCUUCAGAUGAUCUCACAGAGGAGGAGGAGCUCUCCAUGAUGGCUGAUCUUGAGGAGAUGGACCUGUUAGGGGAAAUCUUUGAGACGUUAAACACUCAGAGCACCACCGAGCCGGGCCUGCUGUACGGCACACGCAGCCUCGACGUCUUCACCUCCGACUGCACAGACUUCAUCAGCAGAAGGAGCUUGGCCACACCCAGUCAGGAGAGCUUGAGUCUUUCCACUGGGAUCAAUGGCAGUCUGAUGAGCUGGGAGGAGGGGCUUGAGGAGGGACCAGAUAUAGAGGAGGAGGAGUCUGUGGUGCCAAGCAAUGAACCAGAGAGUGACAUGAGAGAUGGCGUGAAAGAGGGUCACAGUACAUCAGGAGGGGAGGAGGAGCCAAGUGUGGAUCUUGGAAGGUUAGUGGAGGAUCUUGUGGAUCUAAAGCAGGAGCUCGAAGAGGAGCUGAAUGGAAACUGCAAGGAAACUAACAGGUUAUCCAGAGAAGAUCAGGAGGAAGUGAGCAGAUUGUCCAGAGAAGAUCAGGAAGAAACGAGCAGAUUAGCCAAAGAAGAUCAGAAGGAAACGAGCAGAUUGUCCAGAGAAGAUCAGGAGGAAACUAACAGAUCAUCAGAAGUAGUUGAGGGUGAAGCUAGUAGAUCAUUAGGAAAACAUCAUCAAGAAAAUAGCAGCUCACCAGGAGCAAAUCAGGAAAGAACUUGCCAGUCCAAACCAGAUGAUGAGGAUGAUGGGGAAAGUAGUGGAGCUCAGGAGAGAGAAGAAAGAGAGGCAAUAAACAAAAAAUGCCAUGGGAUCAAACACUGGGAUCAAACUCAGGACAACAUCCCAGGGAGUCUACCUCGAAUCUCUCACCAGGAAAAGGAGCACCUUUCUGCAGAACAGCUGAAUGCAGCCAAAAACGAUGAGGAACAAGAAGAGUGCCAAGACCCAUCAGGUCCUAAACUGCUUUCAAAGGUGGCCAUGUUCCAGGUCAAGCCCUACCAGACCAAGAGCUUCCCUGAGACUGUAAAGCCCAGCUAUGGCCACAAAAUCACAGAUACAUCUCUAAAGAUCUCUCCAAGAGCUUCUGGAGCCCUUUGGGUGACUGCGAGUACAAAGGCGGAUGACUCGGCCAUAAAAUCACCAACCCUGCCCAGUUUAUCAGACACAGCCACAGAGGAUGAAGACCUGCCACCACCUAAAGUGUCUGAGCUUAAAAAGAGAUUUGAGCAGUGAUUGAGUGCAGGGGUGAUCAGGCCACGCCCACACUAGAUGCCAGAGACACUUAUCUAUUUUCAGAGUGAUGAUAGGGAAGUAAAAUGAAGAAAAACAAAAAUCAGAUGUCAGGUUGACUCGAGCACAUUGUACACAUUAAUGUGUAACCGAUUACAGUGUGGUCGAUACAGUGCUCAUUCCACCACCACACACUGAUCCUGCUGUUCCAAUAUCUGCAAAACUCAACCCUCAAAGAACAUUUGUCAGUUUUUAAAACAUUUUCUUUAAAAAUAAAUUUUAUAGACUUG